AUGGCGCCUUUUGAAAGAUGCGGCGCAGUGUUUCUAGAAUUAAUAAGAAUCAUGAAGACGACUUCUCUCGGUUUGUUCGUGCUGUGUUCGUUUGGCAGUUGUUAUAGCGUAAUUGAGAGGGAGCGGCCGCGCCACGUUGGAUCCCGCCGUGGACCAACCAAGUACGCUCCGGACUGGAACGAUCUUGAUACCAGACCAUUGCCAAGAUGGUACGACGAGGCCAAGAUCGGUAUCUUUCUGCACUGGGGCGUUUACUCGGUACCCGGGUUUUCGUCGGAAUGGUUCUGGAGUAAUUGGAAAGGAGGUGAUAAGAAAUCUGAAGAGUUCAUGGCGGAGAACUAUCCACCGGGAUUCACUUACCAAGAUUUCGCGCCCAUGUUCAAAGCUGAGUUCUUCGACCCUGGCCAAUGGGCCGAUUUGUUUGCAAAAGCUGGCGCCAGAUAUGUGGUCCUCACCAGUAAGCACCACGACGGUUUUGCGUUGUUCCCCUCCAAGCGCUCCUUCAGCUGGAACUCCUACGAGGUGGGCCCCAAGCGGGACAUAGUGGGCGACCUCUCCAAGGCGGUGAGGGAAGCGGGCCUUCGGUUCGGCGUGUACCACUCGCUGUACGAAUGGUACAACCCUAUUUACGAAGAGGACAGGCGGAGCAACUUCACGGCGCGGAACUACGCAGACCUGAAGCUUUGGCCGGACUUGAGGCAGCUGAUACACGAUUACGAGCCGUCCGUGCUGUGGUCCGACGGCGACUGGGAGGCGUACGACUCGUACUGGCGCUCGACCGAGUUCCUCGCCUGGCUGUACAACGACAGCCCCGUCAGGGACGAGAUCGUCGUGAACGAUCGGUGGGGAAUAGGCAUCCCCUGCCACCACGGCGACUUCUACAACUGCGCGGACAGGUACAACCCCGGCGCACUUCAAAACCACAAAUGGGAGAACGCCUUCACCAUCGAUAGAAAGUCCUGGGGUUUUCGGAAGACUAUGAACCUGAAUGACACUCUUACUACAAAUGAAAUCUUGUACGAAAUCGUCUCGACCGUCAGUUGUGGAGGCAACGCCCUGAUAAACGUGGGGCCGACGCAGGACGGCACGAUCGCGCCCAUAUUCCAGGAGCGCCUCCUCAGCGUCGGCAACUGGCUGAAAUUGAACGGCGAGGCGAUUUACGGAAGCUCGCCCUGGUCGCACCAGAACGACUCGCUAAAUAGCGACGUUUGGUACACAUGCUCUAAGGCCAGACGCAGCGUCCGCCACCCCACAGCCGGGCCAAGAGAAAACGACGACGUCAAGGCGAUAUUCGCCAUAUACCUCGCGUGGCCUGUGGGCAAUAUCCUGCAACUGAGUGACGUAGCCCCUUACCUGCACAGCGGCGGUCACAACAUCGAGCUGUUGGGCAACCGAGGCGUCCUUAACUGGAAAAUCAAAAAUGGUGUAGCGAACAUUGAACUUCCGGAUAAGGCAGGAGUUAUUUCACAAGAUGCUUGGGUUUUGAAAAUAAGCCCUAAA